ACCACACAGUUUUAUCUGUUAAAAAAAAAGGAAAAUUGAAAAAGUAAACUCUAAACUGAAAUGAACCUCUUCACUUCAACAACAACUGCUUCAUCUUCUUCCUCUAAGCCUCUCUUCUGUCCCUCACAAAACCCAAACAAAUCUAUCUUCCCCUUCAAAAUUCCAUGCAAAACUCAUAUCUCCCUCCCUCCAUGUCACUCUCAACAAGCCUCCGCUCCUUUACUCCUCGACCCAACACCAAAUGCAAAACCAAACAACAAGCUCCUCAAUGUCGAAGAGAAGGAAGAUUCUGUAAAGAAAGUUCUUGUGGUUCGCCGCCCGGUCAAGGAAGUCUCAGAUGACGAGGAUGAUGACAGUGGUGGUGGUGAAGAAGAUGAUGAUGGGUCGUCAUCAUCAGCGAUCAUAGAUGCUAGUCUUAAUGAGUUUGCGAAAAAGAUGCCAAUUUUUGAGCCUAAGAGAGUGGACUCUGGCUCUCAAGAGAAGCCGCUUACAGUGAACUUGGACCUGGCGUUGUACAGAGCUAAGAUUUUGACCAAGAAUUUUAGAUAUCAAGAAGCUCAGGAGAUUCUUGAGAAGUGUAUAUCUUAUUGGCCGGAGGAUGGGAGGCCUUAUGUGGCUUUAGGGAAGAUUUUGAGUAAGCAAUCAAAAACCGCUGAAGCUAGAGCUGUGUAUGCAAAAGGUAGCCAAGCUACUCAAGGAGAAAAUCCCUACAUUUGGCAGUGCUGGGCUGUUUUGGAGAAUAAAUUGGGGAAUAUAGGAAAAGCAAGAGAGUUGUUUGAUGCUGCUACAGUUGCUGACAAGAGACACGUUGCUGCUUGGCAUGGAUGGGCAGUCCUGGAGCUAAAACAGGGUAAUAUCAAGAAAGCAAGGCAGCUGCUUGCUAAAGGUCUUAAGUUUUGUGGUGGAAAUGAGUACAUAUAUCAAACACUUGCAUUGCUGGAAGCUAGAGCAAAUCGUUAUGAGCAAGCUCGGGACCUAUUCCGGCAAGCUACCAAGUGUAAUGCAAAAAGCUGUGCUAGUUGGCUCGCAUGGGCACAAUUGGAGAUGCAACAGGAAAACAACCUUGCUGCUAGGAGACUAUUUGAGAAAGCCGUCCAGGCAAGUCCCAAAAAUAGGUUUGCCUGGCAUGUAUGGGGAGUUUUUGAAGCAAACAUGGGCAAUAUUGACAAGGGAAAGAAACUUUUAAAGAUAGGCCAUGCACUGAAUCCAAGGGACCCUGUUCUUCUUCAGUCUCUUGCUCUGAUAGAAUACAGAUACUCAACUGCAAAUCUUGCUCGAGUGCUGUUCAGGAAAGCCUCUGAAAUAGAUCCAAGGCACCAACCAGUUUGGAUUGCUUGGGGGUGGAUGGAAUGGAAAGAAGGAAAUACAGUCACUGCAAGGGAAUUAUACCAAAGAGCACUAUCAAUUAGCUCAGCUAGUGAGAGUGCUGCUCGAUGUCUGCAGGCUUGGGGUGUUCUUGAACAGAGAGCUGGUAAUCUAUCAGCAGCUCGAAGGUUAUUUCGAUCUUCGCUGAAUAUAAAUUCUCAGAGUUACAUAACAUGGAUGACAUGGGCACAACUGGAGGAGGACCAAGGAAAUUCUGUGCGUGCUGAGGAAAUUCGUAAUCUCUACUUCCAGCAGCGAACAGAAGUUGUUGAUGAUGCUUCUUGGGUCAUGGGAUUUUUGGAUAUUAUUGACCCAGCACUUGACAGAAUUAAGAGACUAUUGAACUUGGAACGCAACUCAUACAACAAAGAACCUUCAAGAUAUAAUCCAGGAGCUAACGAAGAUAAAAUUAAUGAGGAAUCAGCUGGCCCUUCCCCAGGUUCUUAUCUUGGCAAUGACUUGGAAGGCCUAAGUGGAUUUGAUUUGGAUGAAUUUGUAAGGGACAAGUUGUCUCUAGACCCUGAUAAGCUCAACGUUCUGCUUGAAACAGCGAAAUCUUCUGCACCAAGAAGAAUUAAACCUUUAAGAAAAAUAUACAGAUCGGCAAACAACAUCGCAGCAACACUACCUCAAACCAAUAUUUAGUCAGUAAAUGUUGAUGUCACGAAAAUGCAGAACAGUCUACCUAAUUUGUACUGGGGGAAAAAAAUUCAUAGUGCAGUCAAGGACCCCGUGUAUAUGUUUGAAUAUAGGCACUUUGCCUUGUACAUCAACAAAAGCUACAGCAGAUUCAUACACUAAAAUUGUAAAA